CUUACUUGAGUAUCGAGUUUGCUAAAAAGAUCGGCGAAACGGUACCGGUACGGUGAGGUCUUACUUGAGGACCGGGUUUUCUGAAAAGAUCAGCGAAACGGUAACGUAUCGUAUUGAUUCAAAAAACAUUAUGUUACGAUUUUUCGUUGUUCUUGUUCUUGUCGGAUGUGCAUUCGCACAGUCCACAGAAGUGCCUACCGUGCAACCGAGCGUAUUCGACUGCUCCAGCUUGAAUCACGUGGAUGGCAAUUAUGCUUCUUCGAACUGCACCCAAUAUUACAGAUGCUACCCCGGAUCUGCCAAUGCACUCGUCUAUACCUGCAUCGAAGGAACAGUUUUCAACGCGGUCUCCGGCGAAUGCGACUGGCCAUUUAACGUCGCGCCACCUUGCGGAACAUGGGACGGUACUGGCACCACUGGCGCACCAUGGACUGGCAUUCCAGCAACACCAAGCCCCCACCUGUGCUUAGGAGAUCCUAACAACGAAGCAGUGCCAAACUGCUGCACCAAAUACUACAGCUGCGACGGUGUCGUUGCUGGGAACAACGCUCAUGUGAUGGAUUGUCCAUCAACCACAGUAUUCAACCCAGCGACUGAUGUUUGUGACUGGCCACACAAUGUUCCAGGAUGUGAGACAUCCGCUUGCACUCUCUAAGCCGUUCAGAAGUUUACAGAAGCAAGUCAUACAAUUUGACGAAGAAAAUUUAAUUUCUUGAAAUUAAUUUAAGCAAACAAGAAUGAGUAAUAAAAGUAUUUGAAUAUAAAUCGAAUUGUGCUUUUUCCGGGGCUUAGUGGUCAGAGCAAUGGUUUCCAGC